AUGAUUGAUUGGUUAACUAUUGUAGUUGCUUUGGUAAUUAUCAUCACAUUAACUGUUAUAUUUGGAUUUGUUGCAUGGAAAAUUAACAUGCCCGAUCCAUUAAUGUCAACAAGUUCAACAGGAAAAAAAGAUGAUACAAAUCAACUUUUUGAUUCAACAAAUGAGAAGAAAAAAAAAGAUAAAUCUAAUAAUGAAUCAACAAAAAAGAAGCGUAAAGAACAAAAAAAAUUAAAACGUGAGAAUAAAGAAGAAGAUCAUCAACGACAUAAAGUUAAAUUUCAAGAACCAUUCGUACAAACAAGUGAAGAUAGUGAUAAUGAAAGAGAAGAAAGUGAACAAGAAUCACCAACACCAACACCACCAACUAUUACAAUAUCAUCAAAAGCUCGUAAACGUAAUAAAAACAAGACAUCAACUCAUGUUGAAGGUAUUCUUGUUAAUAAAGAUGAAAAAAGUCCAGUUACAAAUCAAGCUGCAACAAUUCUUCAUCCAUUAUUAGCAACUACAAUACCAAAAGAUGAAGUUGAAUUAGCUAAACAACAUACUAAAACUCAUACGAAAUCAUCAAAUAAACAAACGGUACCAUCUGCUUUUGUACCAGUUAAAAAACCAACACCACCAUCAACAAAUGUUAAUCAAGGAGUUCAAAAACAUCAACAGGAACAACCAUUUACUACUGUUGUUAAUAAUCGACAUAAAACUGUAACACCACCAUCACAACAACAACAACAGAAUAAACCAGCUAAUACAACAACAGCUGUAUCUGUCCCUUCAAUUCAACAAUCAGCACCGGUUCAAGUUCAACAUGAACAAUUAGCUCAACGUCAAUCAACACCAGUUCAAGUUCAACAUGAACAAAUAGUUCAACGUCAACCAGCACCAGCACCAGUUCAAGUACAACAUGAACAAUUAGUUCAACGUGAGCCAACUCGUCAACAACAGCAACAACAACCAGAAACACCAACUCAACUCAAUGGUGUAAAUAUAGCUGCAUCGUCUAUAAAGCAACCAAUUGCUGUUUCACCAAUGAAACUUGCUGAUCUUGUUAAAACACUUCCAACAACACAAACUGUUGUUACUGAACUUAUGUUAGCACUUGAUGCAGUUCCUUUAUCCACUGAUGAACUAGAUAUAAUUAUGCAUAAAAUUGCUAAUAAACAAUCUGUUAUCAAUAAAGAUUGGUCAAAAUUACAACAUGGUCAAAAAGUUGAUCCACAAGCACAUAUUGGUCAAGUUUUAGAUGAAUCAGCACGAGCAUUUGAAGAAGAUAUGAAACAUAAUGCUAUGAAACGUAUACAAGAAUUAACUGAUGAACGUAAUAAUGAUAAACGUCGAAUAAAUGAGUUAGUAAAAGAAAAAAGUGAUAAAGAUAUGGAUAUACAAGUACUUCAUGCACAAUUAAAUGCACUUCAACAACAUCCACAACAACAAAUUCAUACAUAUCAAGCUGAAUUUAAAAGACUUACUGAUGAAAAUGCACAAUUAAAACAACGAUUAAGUCAACAACAACAUUUUCAACAGCAACAACAAUUUUCACCAUUAAAUAUAAUGAAUACUAGUGGUGAUUCAGCAAAUGUUCAAUUGCGUGUAUUAACUGAACAAACAAAAAAAUUAUCAGUUGAUAAUGCUAAUUUAGAAAAACAACUUAAUGCUAAAGAAUUAUUAUUUCAAGAAACACAAAAAGAAAAAGAGGAAUUACUUCGUUCAAAUCAACAAUUAGCACAAAAAGCUUUAGAAACACAAAAACAAAUUCAGCAUAAUGAAGAAAAAUUACUUAAAGACUUAAAUGAAAAUCGUACAUUACAUAUGAAUCAAUUAAAUGAAUAUAAAUGCCGUAUUGAACAAUCAGAAAUCGAUAAUGAAAAAUUACGACACGAAAAAAUUCAACUUGAAUCAAUACAACCAUUAAAAUUAAAUAAUGAAGAACGUGAUCAAUUUCAACAAGAAAUAAAUAGAUUAAAACAACAAUUAACCGAAGAAAAUGAACAAUAUAAAAAGAAAAUCAAUGAAUUUCAAAAUCAAUCUCAAUCUCAUGAAAAUGAUUUACGACAAGAAAUCGAACAACUUAAAAAAAAUAUCGAACAAAUUCAACAUGACGAAACUCGAAAUAAUGAACUAGCAGCUAAAACUGCACAAAUUAAUCAAUUACAAGUAGAACUUGAAGAAGCCAAAGCUAAAACUGCUCAAAUGGAUCAAUUACGAGCAGAAAUUGAAGAGUCUAAAGCUAAAAAUUCACAAAUAGAUCAAUUACUAGCAGAACUUGAAGGAGCCAAAGCUAAAGCUGCUCAAAUGGAUCAAUUAAGAGCAGAAAUGGAAGAGUCUAAAGUUAAAAAUUCACAGACCGAUCAAUUACAAGCAGAACUUGAAGAAGCCAAAGCUAAAACUGCUCAAAUGGAUCAAUUACGAGCAGAACUUGAAGAAACCAAAGCUAAAACUGCUCAAAUGGAUCAAUUACAAGCAGAACUUGAAGAAGCCAAAGCUAAAACUGCUCAAAUGGAUCAAUUACGAGCAGAAGUUGAAGAGUCUAAAGCUAAAAUUUUACAAAUCGAUCAACUACGGGCAGAACUUGAAGAAGCUAAAACUAAAACUGCACAAAACGAUCAAUUACGAGCAGAACUUGAAGAAACCAAAGCUAAAACUGCUCAAAUUGAUCAAUUAAGAGCAGAACUUGAAGAAGCCAAAGCUAAAACUGCUCAAAUGGAUCAAUUAAUAGCAGAAAUUGAAGAAUCUAAAGCUAAAAAUUCACAAAUAGAUCAACUACGAGCAGAACUUGAAGAAUCCAAAGCUAAAACUGCUCAAAUAGAUCAAUUAAAAGUGGAACUCGAAGAAGCUAAAGCUAAAAAUACACAAGUCGAUAAAUUACGAGCAGAACUUGAAGAAGCUAAAGCUACAAAUGAUGCUAUAAAAUUACAAUCAAAUGAACAUUUUCAACAAGAACAAGAUAAACAAAAACAAAUUUUUAUUGAACUUCUUGAACAAGACAUCAGAAAUCAAUUACCAAAUGACAAUAAACGAGCUUUACAAGAUGAAUCUGCAGCACUUAAACGUGAAAAUGCUCAACUUUAUAUAAAUAUGCAUGAAGUUGAAAGUCAAUUAAAAGAAAUUGAACAAACAGUACAAACUAAAGAAGAAAGUUUACUUGCUGAUUUGAAAAGCAAAGAUGCAACAUUAGGAAGUAUUCUUGGUGAAAAUGAACAAUUAAACGGUGAAUUACAACGCUUACGUUCUGAAAUUAAUCGUUUACAAAUAGCUCAUGAUACAGCAGUUGAUGAAACACGUGCAUUAAAACUUCAACUUGAGGAACAACGUCUGAUUGCUAAUACUCCGUCUAUUGCUGACGAUGAAUCACUCGAAGUUUUAAAUCUACAAUCACCACUUGCACCUGAAACCGAUUCUCGUGUUGAUCAAUUGAAUGAAUUGAUUCGAUCAAGCAAAGAAGCUCUCGAGACUCAAGAUUCUUUUGUUCAACAACUUGAUAAACAUUUGAACGAAAUGCAUCGUAGUGGUACCGGAGAGGUAUCAACAUCAAAUGUCGAUCAAUCAACAGUAUCUUCUUCCGAUCAACCAAAGUCCGAAUUUUGA